AUUGGGAAAGUAGUAUUCAAGUGACGACAGUUCAAGCAAGUACAGAGAGGUUCUUGAAACAAAGAUGCGCAUAUUAAUUUUGACCGCUUGUGUUUGUUGUGCUUUGGCAGCAUUGUUGUACACGACAAAUGCUGAGCCCAUACCACAAGGACCACCACAAGCGCCACAAAAGCCCGCUAUAGAAAGCCGUUCUCGUCGUGCCGCUCAAGGACCACCAAUAGGAGCACCACAAGCACCUCAAAAGCCAGCCAUAGAAAGUCGCUAUCGUCGCGCCGCACAGGGACCACCACAAGGACCACCACAAGCACCUCAAAAGCCAGCCAUAGAAAGUCGCUAUCGUCGCGCCGCACAGGGACCACCACAAGGCCCGCCAGGUGGCGGUAUGGGUGGUAUGAUGGGCGCUGGUAUGGGAUUCAGCAUUGGUGCAAGCGCAGGAGCACAGGGUGGUGCUCAAGGUCAAGGUGGUGCGAAAUAGUUUAACAAAACGAAUGGUUAAUAAUGGGAUAUAAAAUUUCGUGAUAAUAAAAAAAUUUCAGUGCAGCAAAAGAAAAAAUG